AUGACCGAAGGGUCUGAUAGUAUGAAAAAGGGUAGCAGAUUUAGGUGCAACUAUUAUCGUAUAUCAUCAAUUGUGGUCAUGUCUUUUCUUGUCCUAUUUAUGUAUUGGGCUAUGUUCUCUUCAAGCAGUGCAACUGACGUAGAGAGCGCCAAUGGCUUGCAAUCAAGAAAUCUUAUAAGCAACAAUCGGGACAAAUUUAGUGAAAGAUUGUUCAACAGAUUGGAUCAAGACGAAAGACUCCGUAAACUUAAAAACAAUCUACCAACAUUUGAUAAAGAUGUAACAUCCUUCCAAAGCAGACCUAAAUCAAUGAAUGAUCUGAAUAUAGACAAUACCGACAUACGGCAAGAUAUUCCUUCGAACAAGGAGCAGGUUCAAGAUUCCACCAACAGGGACCAAGAUUCCAAUAACAGAUUCAAAAAUGGAAACUUAAUGGAGAAGAAGGUACUGUUUGACACUCCUCAUACAAGUAGAGAAAACCAGCAACCUAAACUAGACAACCCACAAGAGCACGGGGACAGCCCAGCAGUAAAUAGUUGGAACCCUCAAUCACAGACACAGAAUAAUGCACAAUCAACUAAUUCUAAAUCUGAUAAGUGGAUAGUACUGACUACUAUACAAUAUCCAACAGAAGAUGUUAAGUUUUUAGCUCAGUUAGAGGAUUGGAAUAUAGUUGUAGCUGGUGAUACUAAAACUCCUCCGGAUUGGCAAUUUGGUAACAUUCAUUACCUAAGCGUCGACAAACAGAAUGCAUUGGGUUUUGAAACUGUGAAGCUGUUGAAAACCAAAGCUUACUCUAGGAAGAACGCUGCUUAUCUGUAUGCCUUACAGCAUGGUGCUAAAAUUCUGUAUGAAACUGAUGAUGACAAUAGGCCCCUGGAUCAUCUGAAAAACUUUAUUUACGAAGCAAAAACUACUGGUUUGAAAUUUGUUGGACAGAAUUUCUUCAACCCCUAUCGACAUUUUGGACAGCCGACUUUAUGGCCACGUGGUUAUCCCCUUGGUUUUGUUGGAAAUGAAAACUACACCGAUAAUUACAGACUAGGCCUGUAUAAAACUCCAUCAGUUCAACAAGGAGUAGUAAAUGGCGAUCCUGAUAUGGGCGCCAUGUUCCGACUUACCAGAAAAACCACCACAGAAAUGUUGAAUGUAUCAUUUGAUGGCGAAGCUCCGCCCGUCAUUGUUCCCCCUGGUGUAUUGGCACCGUACAAUUCCCAAAACACUUUUUUCCUUUACGAUGCUUUAUGGUCAUUGGUCAUUCCACAGACUGUUACAUUUAGGGUGUGUGAUAUAUGGAGAGGAUAUUGGGCACAGAGAUUACUGUGGGAGAUUGGGGCCAGUGUUGGAUUCUUUGGUCCUAAUGCUUUUCAGAAGCGCAAUUCCCAUUCGUAUGUAGUAGAUGCCAUUGAUGAGGAAUAUCUUUACUUCAAGACUCACGAUUUAUUUGAUGCUCUGUUAGCUUGGAAGUGUGACGAGUCUUAUUCUUUCUUUAAAUGUGUAAUUAGUUUGACAGAACAUAUGAGAGAUAAGGAAUUCUGGAAAAAUGGCGAUGUCGAUUUGAUCAAAGCUUGGAUCGUUGACUUACAGAAGAUUGGAUACAAAGAACCACAACGUGUGCCAUUUACAAUGUUACAACAGGGAUCAAUUCAGCAGUCCAACACAGAUGAAACGAAAUUAACUUUCACCGCUAGAGAAAUGUUCCCACCAAUGUAUUAUAAGAGUAAAUAUAUUGUAACCUCCUACUGGAGCCACGUAGAGAGAGUACUAAAAACCUGCCACCCACUCAGAUUUCCUAUAGCAGAUCGUUCCGUCCAACAACCAGUACAUUCAGACAUUGUCCUUAUUGUCGUAUUUAAAACCUCUAAUUACGAAAUCAUCCCAAAGCUGAACACACUAUAUGGAUCUAAAUUCCCACAUAUUGCUUAUUGUGGUAGCGACUUUUCUGAAUAUCAAAGGAGAUCAAAAUCUUUUUCAGAGCCAAUUACAUUUGUUGAGGCGAAAAUAGAAUCCGGUUUCUUCAGCUACAGAUGUAUUUCUCAAGUGAUGAAGAUGAAGUACAGGCUCAAUGGUUUCCUUAUGAUUGGAAGUGACACCUUAAUCAAUCCUUGGAUUUUCGACACGAUGACUGACAGAAAGAAACUAUGGUUUGAUCACUCUAAGUUAUUGAGACCUGUUUCUCGACAAGCUGAUCAAAUGCCGUCUUGGGAUGGCUGGGUUAGCGAAUUUGGAAAAACUGCCGUGAACAAAGCCUGGUUAGAUUUAAGUGAAAAGAUUAAGAGUGAUUCUCUGCUGGCUGAAACAUUCCAGAAAGAAUUUAUAAGAAAUUUGCAUGACAAUACUAAGAUGGAAGAUGGUGUGUUUGUUGGACCAUCUGAUGUUAUUUACAUUCCCAAUACAGUUUCUGAAAAGGCUAUCAGAUAUUUGGACAUAUUCUCUCAGCACAAUGUUUUACACGAAAUAGUAAUCCCUACCCUUAUAUCUGGAUUAGAUCUGAAAGACAAUAUGAUACCAUUAAAUGGUAAAUACUUAUGGAAAACAACUGAAAAGGACAAUUUCCAUCUAUCAUUCGACCAAACAUUGACAUUUUUACACCCAGUGGAAAUAGGCAAAUCUAUGAACACACAACAAGGACUAACAUUUUUUUGUAAUACUUACUUACCUUUGGUCAUUGGUGGCAAGAGACCACAACAGUUCCGACAGGAACCAAACCAAUUUCGACAACAACAACUCGCUUAAUACUUUUUGAAAUGUUUGUGAUAUAUUCAUAUAUAUUCUUGUGGUGCAUUUUUACACAUAUUGUGACUGUGGGAUAGUUUGUGGUUUUCAAUAUAAUUUGAAAUAGUUCAUAAAUAAAUUUACAGGAGUUGAAGAACUUUUCUGCCAUCAGCUUUAUUUCGGUGGACAUUCAGUAUUGGAUAUUCAUGUAAUUUUUAUUUAGAAGACAAUGGAUAGUUGUAUAGUGUAUAGUUAUGUAUGUUGAUAUCAAGUCGGACCUUUUUAGGUAUUGAUCUAGAAUUAGGCGAAAUCUUUCUUUUAAUAAGAUUUAUAACAUUACUGUUCGCCUACAAUAAUAUUAGCAUACAUGAAUUCAAACCAUUGCCAACGAUCAGAUAAGCUCAUAUAAUUAUGUCAUAUCGUAUAGACUUACAGUUAAUAGACCCGACUUGCAUAGAUAAACUAAUGUAGACUUUCUCAUUAUUGUGUUAUUUGAUAUUUGCCUUUAAGCUACAUCUAAAGCAUGUUGAAUCAUCAGCUGACGGAUUACUGAUCCUAGGAACAACAUUGCUCAAGAAACCUCACCGUAUUUCAUAACUAUAUCGGUUUCUAGUACUUUCUACAUUAAUUGAAUGUUGAUUAUAACCUUUUUCUUAGAUCCUUUCAGAAUUCAUACGCAACCAAACAAUUUCCACCUGCCAGAACUAACAUAUAUUUUUGAUUGUCUUCUUUUGUUGAAUGUUAGUUUUGACUUUUAGGCUUGCAUUCAAAUUGUAUAUAGUUUGUCAAUUUUUUUAUUCAACAAUGUCAAAAAAUCAACAACAAAAAAAAAAAAAAGAAAAGAAAAGAAAAAAGAAAAUUAAACUAGAAUGUAACACCAGAUUCAUGAUUAUUUAGAUUUUGAAAUAUUGACGCUAUAAUACCUGCCUUGAAAUUAUUGAUUUCUGUUUGGUGACGCCACAUUGCACCACAUACUUUACGACAUAAUUGACAUAUCGAGCUAAUGUUUAUUGAUAACAAAUAUUUAGAUGACAGCUGUACAAAUUUCAACCUAUUUUGACAAAAAAUGUGCUUUGUUCAACAAAUUUAUCAGUUCGAAUUAUUACUGAUAGAACUUUUUUUUCUGAAUAACAAUUUGAAAACUGAACUGAAUGCGAGUUAAACAUUAAAUUAAGCUGUUUGACUUAUCCCAAAUCAUGUCCUACAUCAGUGAAUUUUUCAGCGUGGUUUUAAUACAUAAUAUAAUUUAUUUCGUUAUCGAGUACGUUAUCAUUUUUCAAACCAUCAAUUUUUUGUCUGUGAUAAGACUCUCGUCCAUGCAGUUUAUCAUAAUAUUUUAAUUUUAAUUCGUUUUAUCAUGUCUUAAUGUGGGUUUGCUCAUGCUUUUUUAUACUCAUGUUUUCUUUAUUAUAGCGAGAUUCUCAUUUUUCACAUUCCAUAGCACGAUAUUAUGAGGUGUAUCAACCAAAUGAGAUUUCGAUCUAUAGGUAAAUUCACCUUCAUCUACGUUCAAUAACACGCCUCUCGUGAUGGUGUCCAGUAAAUGGGAACUGAACGUUGACGAAAAUUUAAUUAGUCGUUUUGAAAGAAAUUUUAUGACAGAAAGCUUCGAUAAAGCUUACUUCUGAGGAGUAGGACACUGAUAUUUAUGUACAUCUUGUAAUAAUUCAAAACACAGAACAUCAUUUUAAAAGGGUUUCAGUAGUAAUACACCCACGGUUUAAAUACUAUAGGCCUAAUUGAAAACAAGUAAAACAAUGUACAUACAUAUCUUUGACCGGCUCUAAUAUAUAUGUACUGUGUUAAUGAUUAUAUUUUUGUUGCUAUCUUUGUAAGCUAUUUCCUGUUGGGUUGCUUAACAGCUUCUUAAAGAAAGUUGAUAAAAUUGUGUGAAAGAUUAGCCCACAGUAAACAGAUGGAAAGAUAGUUCAGACUUAAUGACGUUUACGAGUAUUUCAUUUUUACGUUUCAUAUUUGAGGGAAACCUAUUAAAAUAUAAAAUGGUUA